GGGGAAGGAGGAUGGUGGAGGGAAGAUGAAAGCGAAGAUUUGGAUUGUGAAGAGGAUAUUGAAGAUUACGAGUAUACCACCUCCGGUGACACGACACGAACGCUGAAGAUUCGACUCUCCUUGACUGAUGAGGAAAUGGGCGAGUUCAAGUGGAUAAAAAACUUUAUCGCCAAAUGCACCUGCGACGGCGUUACUGUAGCCACCGCUCUGGCUCGAUACAUUCAUCGAGAGGGCAUACGCUCUGAAUCCUGGGAAAGGAUGGAAGAGCCCAGUGAGGAAACGUGCGGUGUGGCCUUUCAUGUCUUUGAUCGAUAUGGAACAGUCCAAACCAAGUAUAAGGACCAUCCAGUACAAAGAGGAACUGGUGUAUGGGGAAAUGAUCUUGAUCAUGGCCCACUUUUCCUAAUUGAAAAGCUUCAUGUUAUCGCACCGGAACUACGUCGGAAAGGGCUGGGACAGAGAGUAGUGUCUUUACUUUUGGAAAAGGCCAAACGGUUCUACCUAGACGAUAAGCUAGACGGCAAACUCGCAGAUCUUUUCUACGGUUCCAAUGAAGCCUUUGAGCGAGCAUGGACUCUACAUGCUCUAGUCAGCCCCGGAAUACUAACAGCUGAUAUCGAAUCGCAGUUAGUGGGCAAGUCCGCAGAAGAACGCUUGAUGUCUCGGACUCGAAUUCAAUCCGGUGCUAUUGACUUUUGGCGAUCGUGCGGUUUCCGCCGAAUCGGAGCAUCUCGGUGUUUUGCACUUUCCUUCGAUCUCCAACACCAGUCUCGCGCCCUUGGGGCUACUUCCGAUUUCGAUCCGCGUAGAAGCUAUGCUGAAGAUCUUGAGAAUGAAGAACUAGAAGUGAUCUACGAAACAGAUCUUCUCACUCUGACGGACGAAGAACUCAAAGCUUUUUUCGUCACCCACGCCGACGAUGAGAUUGGCUGGGAUCGAGUGACCAACUCUGAAGCCACGCUUCUGCAUUUAACCGCAUCCGAGCUCAAGCCCCUGAGCACACGGUGGCUACUUGAGAAUGUCCACCACGCCGACUCCUGGAAGACGACCCGUGAUAUUGACGGGUACACCCCACUCGAAGCAUUGAAGGAGAAUUUAGAGACAAUGCGAACACGAAAGUCAUAUGGCCUUUUCAGGAUCUUGAACGUAUCAGAUCACUUUAAAGGGUACCCCGACACUGCAGUGUCCUGUCUCUCCUUGCUGUUGGGACGGGAUACUUCGGAGGAAAUUGAUGAUGGCGACUUUUGGAUAGAAGACAACGACUACAUCCUCGUGCACCUCGAUCCCGAUGUGCGAAAGAACCUCAAAACCAAUAAGUCACUUCGAAAGGGCUUUGUGAAUAUUUUCCAAAUUGCCGCGGAGUGUCUCAAGGCGAAUAGGGCUCCCACCGCAGAAAAUGUUGAGCGGUGUUGUAACAAUCGCAGCGAGUGGCCACCGGAUACCAAGAACUACCUGCGACGCGCUGGGACGCAGUUGGGCUGUCGGGCGGUGCUUCGAUACAUGUUCGACGCUGCUAAGGAAGAGGAUGAGAAAGCAGGUAAU